AUGUCUCAAUCCCCCUUGGCGAGGACUGCCAGACGGUCGCUGCCUGCUUUCGCACAUCCACCAUCGAAGCUAUCGAAAGCUCAUUCGUCUCGAGAUCUGGCGGAGGAUGAUUCACCUAUUUCCACUCCGUCUCAUACACCUGCAGCUUCAAGCUCAAGACAAUCUUUAGCCACGCCGUCGAGAGAAACACCAACCAAGUAUCGAAAUGCUAAUACAUCAACACCACUUACGCCCAAGAUUCACUAUUCACCAUACGCGCUUUCGACACCCCCCCAAGGUAUGAGUAGAAGCUCAAGCAUACCAUUCGAUAUGGCUGCCAGUGCGAAAGCUGCAAGAAGAGCUGAAGAUAAUAGUAGAUCAAGUACACCUGUGCCCGACACUCAAAGCAAGAAGAAGAGAUUCGUCAGGAAGAAGGCUCUUUGGCAGAGGAUAUCUUCUAUUCCUUCUUCUCUUUACGACAAAUUUGCCUUUGCAACCCCGAAUUCCGUAUAUGAUAUCCUGCCGGAUGAGCACUUGGCUAAUCCAAUAUCUUUGGGAAUACAUACGCUUCAUUACCUUUUGGUCUUUCCCUUCUUUUCAUAUCAGGAUGAAUACCAUAGCGUAUUGAGACACGGGAGAGAACCCAGUGGUGUCAGUGGUAGAUGGGAUAGGUGGGAAAAUGAAGGAAAGGGUAAAGCUAUUGGACUGAUAGCAGGCUGGUCGAAAUAUAUCAUUCUGGUCCUCUUACUUCUUCUUUCUGUUGGGAAUGCCGCCUACCUGUUUACUAGAUUUAGAACAUAUGACAUGCAACUUCGAUCCGGGCAAGAACCGAUUCAUUCACCUCAUGCCUCGCCUGUUCCUGCACCAAAAGUAAAAACUCAACCGGACGAAGAUAUCUUUGCAUCGCUCUCGACAGAACCGCCCUACGCCGGAACAUCAAAGUAUCUGAAAUUAGCUGGAAGGGCUUUGGUAUUCAUAGUCAAGUUUACAUUUCAUGCUAUCUUAUCGGCAUUUGGUAAACCUCCGAAAGAUAUACCUAGAUUUACUGGCUUUGGAACAGAUGAUAAGAUCCAGAGUUUGAGAGUAUGGGAUCCACCAGAAUUCUGUUUAGCUUUCUUUUGCGCGUUCCCACCUAUAUCACCCCUUCUCACGCAUCUUCUAGUCCCAUUACAUCCCAUAUACGUUCCUCUGCUCCAUCUGUCAACUACCUUCCUCCUAUCGCAACUCGCCCAAUCAUAUGCUCAACUAGUCAAAGACAGGAUGUUACUCAGUGCAGAAGUCAUGAGAGAGUACGAUCAAAGAUUCGUCUAUAAAAGAGUAUUUGCCAAUAGAGUUGACAGAGGCGUUGGCACCAAUGAGUCUGAAAUAAUUUGGUAA